CCGACUGCCGCCCCACCGCUUCCCCGUCCGCGUUCGGGCCCGCCCCAGCUAUGUCCAAGCCUCCACCUAAACCGGCCAAGCCAGGGCAGGUUAAAGUGUUCAGGGCCCUGUAUACAUUUGAGCCCAGAACGCCAGAUGAACUGUACUUUGAAGAAGGAGAUAUCAUUUACAUCUCGGACAUGAGUGAUACAAAUUGGUGGAAAGGAACUUGCAAAGGCAGAACUGGACUAAUUCCAAGCAACUAUGUGGCAGAGCAAGCUGAGUCUAUUGAUAACCCACUGCAUGAAGCUGCCAAACGUGGCAACCUAAGCUGGUUGAGAGAGUGUUUGGAUAAUCGAGUUGGGGUCAAUGGCUUAGACAAAGCUGGAAACACAGCUCUGUACUGGGCAUGCCAUGGAGGCCACAAAGAUAUAGUGGAUAUUCUUUUUACCCAGGCAAACCUAGAGUUAAACCAACAGAACAAAUUGGGAGACACAGCUUUGCAUGCUGCUGCAUGGAAAGGUUAUGCAGAUAUUGUAGAGAUGCUGCUGGCAAAGGGAGCAAGAACAGAUCUGAAGAACAAUGAGAAGAAACUGGCUUUAGACAUGGCAACGAAUGCAGCUUGUGCUUCCCUGCUUAAGAAGAAGCAGAGUGCAGGUACAGUCCGAACAUUAAGUAAUGCAGAGGAAUACCUCGAUGACGAAGACUCCGAUUAGCUUUUAUCAUUCAGCCUAAAGAACUGUAACUUGUGUUGCCUAUGUCAUUCCCAAAACAUAUCCUUACAACUGUAAAAAUACCUUACUUACAGCAUUGCAGUCUUCCAAUAUAGCAUAUAAAUGAGAGGGUGAAAUCAUGCUUUCCAAAGGAAUAAUCUUCAUGUGUGCCAGAAGAUGCCACAUUUUAAAUCAGAGUUCCUUUGGAAUUAUCUCACAGAGGUAGUGUGGCAUACCCUUAUCGUUCAAUGGGCAGAGGACCAUCUUCUAAACUCACAGGUUUCAACUCAGGCCUUCCCAGCAAGUGCCUUGCAUCUCUGGAAUACACUCCUCAAACUGAAAGGUCCCUCUGGGACAGCAGGACACCAUUGCUAACACUUCCCAAAAUCUCCCUGGAUAUAGGUUCCUUUGUGCAGAUAAGAUAAUACUGGCAGUGUCAGUACUGGCUGACAGGCAUGAAUGGAGAUGCUGCUAUAGAGAGUGACCAUCUUUUGCCCACAUGGAGCCAGCAAGACAAGGUUUGAUUUUAUUAUUUUUUUGGGUAAAAUUUUUCUCCCCCUAUUCCUUCCUGUGCCCCUCUAAGUAAGGGGUAGAAUGACAUGGGACAAUCUGCCCCUGGAUGCUUUGUCUUCUCUAUUGCUAUGGGCCCAAUCCCUGAAAUGUAAACUCAGGUGAAAUGCUUGCUUAAGGCAGUUUUGCUUGAGAAAGACACUCAAUUUUGAGGUUAGUGACUUGAUUAUUCUGCUUUUUGAAGAGCAUUGUGCUAAACUAUUCGUAAUGAAAGGAAGACAGAAUAUUUUUCUAUUUAUCCUGCCUAAAAGCUUUUUUUUUACUGAUCUCUUGCUUUUAUUUUUUAAAAGUGUUCUUCUAUUUUGUCUUAAAUUACCUCAAAGAUUAAGUGCGUUUGAAGGAAUGAGGGAAGAUGUAUAUUGAAUAUACCACAGGUAUCUUGAGAAGAGAUAUCUGAAGCUGAAUAAACAUUUUUAAAAUGUA